AUGGAUCUUCCUGGUCUCGAAGGGGAAAUCCUGAUCCCGAUAGCCAGUGCAUACGCCGAUGAUCAUGCCCAUGUCCGCGCCAGCUCCGACGAAUCUCCCUUCCACCAUUCGAACGGCCCUCUCGCUCUACCCGCCCCCGUUGAGAAGAAGGCACCGGCGGCGGCUGUGGGGAUGGGGAUCACCUACAGGGAGUGCCUGAGGAACCACGCCGCCGCCAUGGGUGGGACGGUCCUCGACGGCUGCGGCGAGUUCAUGCCGAGCGGGGAGGAGGGCACACCGGAGGCCUUCCGCUGCUCCGCCUGCAACUGCCACCGGAACUUCCACCGGAAGGAGGUGGAGGGGGAGGCGAGCUACAGCUGCUACAGCCACUUCAAGGGGAUGAAGCUUUUAGGGCAGAACGGUGUUCUGAUCUCUGGAACUUCGGAGCCGUACUUCCUCGCGAGGGGUUCUCAUCCAAUGAUCAUGCCCUUGGGCGCCGCCCCGCCGCAGUCGUCGGAGUCGGAGGAGAUGGAGGGCGGCGCUCCGGCGGCGGUACCGGCGAUGAAGAAGAGGUUCAGGACGAAGUUCACGCCGGAGCAGAAGGAGAAGAUGCAGAGCUUCGCGGAGAAGGUGGGGUGGAGGUUGCAGAAGGAAGAGGAGGGCGCAGUGCAGCAGUUCUGCCAGGAGAUUGGGGUCAAGCGGAGGGUCCUCAAGGUGUGGAUGCACAACAACAAGAACAAUCUUGCCAAGAAGAGCCCCCUCCCCCUCGAAUGA